CCUACCGUACGACUAUAUCUGACAACAUAUUGACACAUUAAACACAUGUAUCUAUAAUUAGUUAUUUGAACUUGUAGUUCAAGUGUAGUUUUUUAUGCAAUCUAUCUGAAUACAAUAAGAACAUUAUUCAUUAAUAGAACAUCAACAGCUUUAUAAGCGUAUAAUUAAUUUCUUUUGGAGCAGUAAGUCAGAAAUUACCGUCGCGAUGACCGCUGAAGAUUUGUCAACUGGACAGACUAACAUACCUUAUGUUGAUUCCAAAUUAGAUUCAAUUAUCAAAAAUAAUUAUACACCAGCCAGAGUUAUCGGGACCGACUACUCGUAUAAACAUGAAAUAGUGUGGAAAAAUGCUAUAGGAUUUUUGAUUCUCCAUCUAUUAGCAUUAUGGGGUUUAUUCGUGUUAAUAACAGGAGGCGUUGGCUUUAAAACAUUUUUAUGGGCUAUUUUUCUUGCGUUUGUCACAACUGAAGGUAUCACCAUCGGCGCUCAUAGACUGUACGCGCACAAAUCAUUUUCGGCUACUCCUCUUUUGCGAGCUAUUCUCCUGGCAUUACAAACGUCAGCUGGACAGAAUUCGAUGUACAUUUGGUGUAGAGACCAUCGUCUGCAUCACCGAUAUUCUGACACUGAUGGUGACCCACACAACGCGAAGCGAGGCUUUUUCUUCUCUCACGUAGGAUGGCUAAUGUCGAAGAAACAUCCCUAUGUGAAAGAACUGGGGAAAAGGAUCGAUAUGAGCGAUCUAGAAGCUGACUGGAUGGUGAUGUUCCAAAAGAAGUAUUAUUAUCCUCUGUACGUGAUUUUCGCUCUUUUUAUACCCGUGUGGGUACCGAUACAGUAUUUUGGAGAGACUUUCUUGAACUCGCUUCUAGUUUGUUAUUUCCUUCGGUAUCUUUUCCAAGUAAACGGAACGUGGCUUGUGAAUAGUGCCGCUCAUCUUUAUGGUACAAGACCUUAUGAUAAAAAUCUUCAACCUGUAGAAUCCUGGUUUGUGUCGUGGCUAAGCUUGGGCGAGGGCUGGCACAACUACCACCACACAUUUCCAUGGGACUACAAAGCUGCGGAACUCUCGAUGCAUUUUAAUUUCUCUGCAACCCUAAUAAGAUGGUUCGAAAAAAUUGGUCUAGCGUACAACUUAAAGACGGCGUCUCCAGAUAUGGUCGCAAAAAGGAUAAUGCGUACAGGAGAUGGUACGCACUACGAUCUUGGUAACGACGAGGCUAGAGCAAGAGUCACAGCUUUCGGACCACUUCAUCCUUUAAACCCUAGUUAUAAUACUAAAUAUGAUGCACCCAGCGCCGACUUACAUGAUCAAGGAUUGCCGCUAUUUAAUGAAAAGGAUGUUAUAAAUGUGAACAAUAAAAAUGUGAACAGAAAUGUUACGAAAGCUUAAAUUUUAGCUAAGUUUGCAUAUUACUCUCUAAACCCCUUCGUACACAGCAAGUUUGAGAUUUUAGUCUCUAAAUGGCUUUCGCAAUACAAUAUAUGUCCGCGUCGAGUACUUAGGGGCUAACUCUAACUAUACAGUUAUGUAGGUUUUAUAUGAUUUCUGACUGAAACAACCAAUAGCAAAGUUUCUCUCAGUGGACAGACAGCUUUAUUCGACUAAUCUUCGAUAUUGUAAUUAUAGUUUUCAUUACCAAAACUUGUUUUAAAACAUUAUCAUUCCCAUUAUUCUAUUUGUAGAAAACAGUUUUAUUUCAGAUUUUGAUAACUUGUGAUUAUUCUUUUUAAGAUGAUUAUUAGUUA